CAAACAUAUACGCAUGCGCAAACAACUCUGUGCUCAAGGUCAGAAGCUUGAUUAGCACAAAUUAUUGAUUACCUUCCAUAAUAAUCUAAUUUUUGUAAAUAAAUAUAUAUAUUCAUCUUGUACAUAUAUACAUAUAUGUGUGACAGUGUGAAAGUUAUUUUGUAAAUUAAGUACAUAAACGGAAGUAAAGAACACAACUACUUAUUUUUACUAAAAAAAUAAAGCAAAAGGACUCAAAAUUAAAAACAACAACAACAGCAACUAAUUACAAAUAUUGUAGAAUUUGUAAUGAAUUUUAAAUCUUUCAAAGUUAGUAGAUUAUAAUAAUAAAUUCACCAUAUAAAAUGCGUAUGGAACAAAGAAAACAUUCAAGUUUAUUAUCUGAAUUGGAAAAUAUUUUAUCAACAAAUGAUAGGAAAAUUAAAGUUGGCAAAGAAAUAUUUAGACAACUUUUAAUAAAAAAUCCUCAUUAUAUGAAAAUGUAUAAACCACUUCAAUCAGUCACUUUGCCUCAAGCAUUGAAUUUAGAUUAUCUUACUAAAAUGGCUAUAUGUUAUGUGGAUAAUAUCAUGAAAAUUGUGAGGAAUUUUAAUGAAGAAGAGAAAUUACAAGAGACGGUAAAAUAUUUAGCUGCAAUACACACAAAUCGUGGAUUAACAGUAGCUCAUUUUGUGUCCAUUCUACCUAUAUUCACUGAUACAAUUGUAUCAUAUAUGGAGAUUGAUGAUAAUAAAGAGAGUAUGCAAUUUAUAUUGUCAACUGUAUUUCCAAUGAUUGGGAAACGCCUUUAAUUUCGAUUAACACUUUCCAUUGAAGAAAAACGUGUAAUAAUAAUCAUAAAUAAAUAAAGAUAAUUAUCUACACUUUC